CGAAUGGACACAUUCACACACAGACACAGUUAGUUAUCUGUGAUCUCUUUGCAAAAUCUCUCCUUUUUAGGGUUCAAACCAAUGGCUACUGCAUCUUCCUCUGAUCCUGUAAUGAAAUCGGAAGGCAGUGCCAGUGGCGGUGAAACUUCUGAAGCGGCAUCCACGAUUGGGAUGGCGGCGGCUGCGGCGCUGGUAGGAAAGGGGAACAAUUAUCAGCAACAGUUGAUGGUCAAGUACAGAGGAAUUAAGAAAUCGAAGAAGGAUAGAGGUUGUACGGCAAAAGAACGCAUCAGUAAAAUGCCUCCUUGUGCUGCCGGAAAACGCAGCUCUAUCUACCGUGGCGUCACUAGGCAUAGAUGGACUGGUCGUUACGAAGCACAUCUAUGGGAUAAAAGUACAUGGAAUCAGAAUCAAAAUAAGAAGGGCAAACAAGUUUAUUUAGGUGCAUAUGAUGAUGAGGAAGCUGCUGCAAGAGCAUAUGAUCUUGCUGCCUUGAAGUAUUGGGGCCCUGGGACACUCAUUAAUUUUCCGGUCACAGAUUAUACACGAGACCUUGAAGAGAUGCAAAAUCUAUCAAGAGAGGAUUACCUUGCAUCACUCAGAAGAAAAGGUAGCGGGUUCUCAAGGGGAACCUCUAAAUGUCGUGGAAUUUCCAGAUGGGACUCACCAUUGGGCCGUAUUUCUGGAGCUGAUUACAACAACUGCAUGCAUCAUGGUGAUGAUGCAACAACAGAGAGCGAAUAUGUUGGUGGAUUUUGCAUGGAUAGAAAAAUCGAUCUUACACCAUACAUUAAAUGGUGGGGGCCCAACAAAUCCCGACAACAUGAAAAAUCAUCAGACGAAACAAAUCACGCAACUGGUAGUUCCGAAGACAUUGGAAGUGAACUCAAACCACCAGAAUGGGCAAUCCAACCCACACAGCCCUAUCAGCUCCCUCGUCUAGGCGUCUCCCUCUCCCAUGAAUCAAAACAACAUAAAAAAUCUUCAGUUUCUGCCAUGAGUAUACUCUCAAGAUCUGCAGCAUACAAAAGCCUACAAGAAAAAGCUUUAAAAAAGGAAGAAGAAAACGAUGAAAACGAAAACAAAAAUAACAUCAACAAGAUUGAUUAUGGUAAGGCUGCUGUUGAGAAGAAAUCAAGUCAUGAUAAUGAUAAUGAUAAUGAUGAUGAUGGCACAACAAGUGAAUUUGGAUUAGGAAUGGAAGGUGAAGAAGGAAUGGCAGCUCUUCACCCUGCAUUGGCUCCUUUUUUGACCAAUUACAAUGCUAUUGAUCCAUUGGGAGACCCUGUUCUUUGGUCAUCCCUUGUCCCUCCUCUCCAGACCAGAUCUUCUCAGCCCAUUGAGCAUGCUACAAAGACUGAGACGAGUUCAGAUUAUAGUUUCUUCCAAGAGGAGGACUUGCUACCAACAUAACAUGAUGAUAGCAAGAGGUAUGUUUUUUUGUCUGUGUGGUUGGUAUGUUAGAUAAGUUUUGUUAUAGAGAAAAUAUAACAUAUAUAUAUGUAAGUAGUUGUUUGAUAGAAAAUCUAUAGAGUUGUAUUUGUAAAGGACGCACACCGAUAUCAAGUAAAGUAAAAAUAUGAAAAGAUUUCGGAUCCCGGU